GAUUGAGAGGUCAACAAAUUGUUCUUAUUUCAUAAGUCAUUGCAAAGUCAAAGACAGUAAGUUCAUUGGGGAAAGGUUAGCUAUACUUGCACACAUACCUCCUAUAUAAUUUACUUUGACACUAAUUCCAAGUUCAGUUCACGUUGUCUGCCGUAUUAAAAGCAGAGGAGUCUAUAGCCAUGAGAAAGUGUAAAAUUUUUGUUGGUUCAUCUCACCCUGAAUUGGGUAGAUUGGUAUGUGAUAGAUUAGGUGUUGAGCCUGCUCCAUGUACUUUGAAGAAGUUUUCUAAUGGAGAAACUUCAGUUCAAAUUGGUGUAUCAAUCAGAGAUGAAGAUGUUUACAUUAUCCAAUCGGGUUCCCCCGAAAUAAACGAUCAUAUAAUGGAACUUUUGAUCUUAAUAUCGGCUUGUCGUGGUGGUUCCGCCAACAAAAUCACUGCUGUUAUUCCUCAAUUUCCAUAUUCAAAGCAAUCUAAGAUGAAAAAACAUAGAGGUGCUAUAACAGCUAGAAUGCUUGCCAAUUUAUUAGUGAUGGCAGGUGCUGACCAUGUGGUUUCAAUGGAUUUACAUGCUUCUCAAAUGCAAGGAUUCUUUACUAAACCAGUGGAUAACUUAUUCGGUGCUCCAACUUUAGCUAGAUGGAUUCGUCACAAUAUACCAGAUUGGGAAACUGCUGUGGUAGUAUCAAAAAAUCCAGGUGGUACUAAAAGAGUUACAGCUUUAGCUGAUUCUUUAAAGAUUAACUUUGCCAUGAUUCACACGGAUAGAAGAAGAACCCAAGAUGGAUAUUCUAAGAAAAAGGCAUUAACUAAAUCAACUAGAAAAGUUGAUGACGAUGAAGAAGAAGAUAAUAUUGUUUCUGAAAUUCAAACUGCUAGAGUGGUGAAGGGUCAUGUUGUGGAUGAUGAUUAUCCAGUAAGCAAUGGCUCUGCUAAAGUUGCUACUGGUGAUAAACCAAGUGUACAACUAGAUCAUUUAGAUCAACCUUCUAUCUUGGACUCUGACGUUUUAGGUGGAUCUUAUGAUGCUGCUAAUUCCGAUGAUGAAGAUGAACCAACUUCAAUUAAUCAAGAAAAAUUGAUUACUUUAGUUGGUGAUGUCAAAGAUAAAGUUGCCAUUAUCUUGGAUGAUAUGAUAGAUAAACCAAGUUCAUUUAUCUCAGCAGCUGAGCAUUUAAGAUUGAAUUGUGGUGCUAAAGCCGUUUACGUUGUCGGUACCCAUGGUGUGUUUAGUGAUUUCUGUUUGGAAAAUUUGUGUGAAAGUAAAUGUAUCGACAAGAUCGUCGUUACAAAUACUUACCCAAUUGGAAGAGAAAGAAUCGAAAAACAUAAAGAAAAGCUUACUGUGAUUGAUGUGUCUCCAAUUUUUGCUGAAUGUAUCAGAAGAGAUCAUUUCGGGGAAUCGAUUUCAGUGUUGUUUGAUUCUUUAGCAGCCAUUGAAUAAGUUUUGCUCGUAAAAAAUUUUUAUUGUUCUAAUAUUCUUUUUUUUUCUUUUUACUCAUUAUAUUAUUAUUAUAGCUCCCAGAGAAUGAAAUUAUUUAUAUAUUAGAGGUUACCUUGUUGGUAGUCUUGUAGAGAUAUAUUAAAUACAAAACCAACGAUGCAGUCAUUUGGGCUGCAGGACAUAAUUUCUUAAUCAUUUAUUUGAUUAGGGUUAAUAUUUCUUGGACUAACGGAGCGUUGGGAAAUUAAAUUGUAACUUCUUUCUAUUCCG